AUUUGAUAAUAAAAUGUCUACGACAACUAAUCUUCAACUGAUUGUUGUUCUUGCUGGUCUUCUCUUGGCAGGAAUUAAACUUCAUCAAACAUAUGCUAUUGCUGAUGUAAAUGAACACCCAGACAAUCAAUCUAUUUACGGAAUUGAUGUCUCUCACUGGCAAGGAGUGAUUAACUGGGCUUCUGUAGCCAACUAUCAAUACAAAGGAAGAAAGAUCGGACUUGUAUUUAUGAAGGCAACUGAAGGUGUAAACACUGUUGAUAGUCGCUAUCUUGAGAACUCUAAAGGUGUCAGCCAAAACCUUGAUGUAAAGGUAAAGGGAGCUUAUCAUUACUUCCAUCCAAAGACCUCUGCCACUGGCCAAGCUGAUCACUUCGCAAGUAUGCUCAGCAAAGAUCCUUACUUUGACAAGGCAAAAGAUUGGAUUGCCAUUGAUGUCGAAGAUCCGAAUGUAUUAGGUGAAGACUCUCCUUAUGGAAUGACAAAGGCAGAAUACGCUAAGACCAUUAAAGAUUUCUUGGACUCAAUGAAAGCAAAAGGCUAUGUUAAUCAAAUGAUCUAUGGUGGAACUUCUUAUUGGGAAUCAAGAAUCGGAUCUGCUGGAGCUGACUUAUGGAAGGGACGUGCUCUCUGGAAGGCCAGAUAUAGAGAUCCCUUUGAGAAUGAACAAUUCUGGACAACAGAUCUCCCAACUGGAGCUCCAGCUGUAUCAGUUUGGCAGUUCUCAGAUGCAGGAAAAAUUGAUGGAAUUUCUGGAGGAAGCGUGGAUCUAAAUUUGAUCUCCAACCACUUCCCUAUCACUCUUUAGAUAAAAAAAUUGAGCCA